AAAGAACGCCCACCACAGGACGUACAACAUGGUGCUGCUGAGACUCAAGACUUCCAAGACCAGACCUUCACCUCCUGUAGUCCAAGAUCACAGCUGAAACCUGUCAGGUUAUAUACUGCACCCCCGUAAGCCAAAUGGAAGACUUUGAAUACAGUGUGGAGAUCAGUGACCGUGACUGGGAUUGCUUCUUUACAGAGUGUGAGGAGUGUAACCUGCUUCCUCCUUCGUUAGCAGGUCUGGAUGACUCGGGGAUGAGUGACAUCGAUGAAAGAGGGUCCUUGCUUGCUAAGAGGUUUCAGAAAGUCGACCCAGUAGCGGGCUUUUCAGAGGCUGACCGCCCCAUCGACGGCCCCCCAGACUGUGAGGGCUCUCCUGUGGAGCAUUACCUCAGCAAACAUGGCGUCGGUGGAAUGGAGAGCGUCCUUUCAGGCAGUGAGGAGGAUAUACACCUGCAGUCUGUCAAUAUGUUCUUUGAAAGGCUGAAAAAUCUUACAGAGGCUGAGAGGCCCGCUGAGCCGAGCCAAGUGAGGGCUGGAAAAAACAGAGAGGCAGUGCUGGAGGAGGAACAGUGUAGUUAUGGGCAACAAUCCAGCAGCCGCACUUUGCCAAAAAACAUCCCCAAGUUAAACUCUCUGUCUGCCAGGGGUGAAACAGCACUUGGCAAAGAGACCACAAGGCCUGUCGACACCAUCAGCAACAUAAACACAAUGAAAAAGGUCGAGCCUCCUUCCAACAUUUCCCCUGAACCUGCAGCCAGUAACUCAGUGCUCAAGACUAACAAAUCAGCUUACCUUGAAACAGAGUUAUUCAUCAGGGAGGAAGCCUGCACAAAAACCAGAGUAAAUGAGGUAACACAGCAGAAUGAGUCUCAUGACUCACCGGAUGGGGUUGUCUGCUCUGGAACAUCACCUCUCGCAGAAGAAGUGAUGAAGGUGGAAACUGGCACACCUCUGAAGGAUGCUGAGCAUGGAGGCUUGUUGACGAGUCAGUUGACGCUCGGAGAUAAGUGCAACACUAAUUCACCCAGUAAUCUAGAAAUGGUGACUAAUGUUAAAUGGAAGGAAGAACAAAACCCUGCUGUUUUGCAAUUAGAUGCAACAAGCAUGAACAAAUCGCCAAGCCAAGAAUCGUCUCCGUCUGCCUCGAUCAAAAGGAAGAGAAGGAAGAAGAGACGACUCAGCUUUGAGCCAGCUGAGAGCGCGCAUGGAUAUGAGAGGCAGGUUUUAGUUAAGCCGAGUGACUCAGAGGACGAGCAGUACGCAGAGAGAGGAGGAACGGAUCUGUGUUUGUCUGAGGGUGUGAAUUUAUUUCAUUUAAAUGAACCACAAAAAAAUGUUGUGCCCUCUCCCAAUCUCCCGGUGAGGAUAUCUGCUAAGGAGAUAAAAACAAAUGAUCUCUCUCACACCGUCCCUCCAUGUGACCAGUACCAGUAUUUACCGGAGAGCACAGUUAGACAGGGACGGUGUAAAGCAACAAGCUCGGCUGAAUAUAAUGCAGCUAAGGUUUGGUCAGGAAUCCCACUGAGUCAAACUGAUGGCAGUGUAAUGUCAGCAGCAAGCAUCAGUGGUAAUGUGGUAGCAAAUUUACAGCCAUGCACCAGAUUACAGGUGGAAGAAGUAAGCACACUGAAUAAAUAUUCUUGGUUGCCAGUUUCAGUUACUCCCAGUUUAAGUGGUAAGUCAGACAAAGCCAGAGAAACAGCAGACAGUGAAAGAAAGGACACUCACGCAGAGUGUCUCCAGCAGACUGAUAAAAUGAAUCCUUUUUUCAUUGGUCGUGAAAAUGAACAAAAUCUAAAAUGUUGCUCAGCAGAGGUCACAUCAAUAACUUACAGUAUUUUACCAAGCACAGAGUCAAAUGAUCCCGCUGUGGAAGUCAGCCAUGAUGACAAACUAUCUGCUGCUAAGUCAGUCCUGGCUGUAGAGGCUGGAAAUUCUGGCAGAGACACCCGCACACUGUGUCAUAGAGAGGCUGAGUCCCAACAACAGCUGGAAACUGACUGUCACGACGCAGACCAAUAUAACUCUACACUGGAAGAGACUCAUACCCUGAACCCAAAACCCCAGCAAUUCAAAAUCAGAGCGUGUCCAUUCCUAGAGGAGAUUUCCAAUAAAGUGACCUGUGUUAAAUUAACCUCAGAUUGUAUCAGUUCGUCCCCUGAUAGUAAUCUUUUUGAAAGUCUCUCCAGUUUAGAUACGAAUAAUACUGAACAGCAAACAGAUCAUCCUCUGGAGGUUCGGACUUUAUCCAGAUUAGAUAUUUUAUCAGAGAAAAAUGCAAUAGCUGAGAGAGCUCAUUUGGCAGCAUCACAAUUAAUGUCUAGUAGUGAUCCCUGCACAUCUGGUGAAAUUAAUCUAACAGGCAGCAGUCAGAGAGAAACCAAACCGUCUGUGUCUGAAGACUUAAUAACAAAUCCUUCAGAUGUCACGCCACUAUCGUCCUGCUGUACUCUGGACACGGAAUCCGUCAUGUCACUCUCAGGGGAAAAUAUGACAAACUUGUCAGGAAGUUUUUGUUCAUCUGUCAGUCAAAAUGAGUCUGGAGGUCAAGGAGAAAAAAACGCAGCCAUCUUGGCAAAACACGAGGAAAGAGACUUUAAAUCUGGACCCAAAAGCCAGUCUGGAUCAAAUGGCUCAACAGAACCCAAAUGUGAUUUAUUGGGAGAAGCAGAGGAUGCUGUCACAGCAUCCAAAGCUGAACGCAAACCUAAAAAGGAACCAGAUUCAAAAUAUUCAGUGUUUGCCAUGUCUUCUUUUUGGAGUGAGAUGGAGAAACUGACAAUAAACGACAUUCUGGGUUUACGAAUGAUCAACAAAGCUGCUCCACCCGUCUCCCUCCCACCUUUACAGGAAAGUGAGGAGACCGGCAUGUUUGUUCCAAAUGAUUCAGGCUUUUUUACACAACCGGAUGAGUUUAAGCCAGAGAAAACAGAUGUGUACACGUCCAGUGUUCCUGAUUCUGUAGAAUCGAGUUUAGCUUCUGUUACGGCUGUUGAUACUUUCUCUUCAAGAAGUGUUAUGUGGGAGAGUGAACCUGUCCCCGUGAGCCUAGGUACCGACAUUUACCCUGAGAAUAUGAUGUUGACAUCUGUGAGUGACAUUUCUCAGUCGGCCCUCUCUGGAAGUCCCCAAAAGAGCCUCAGAAAGAUUUCCAAAAAUAUAAGUGUGCACAAUCUGCACGCCCUGGAGUCUGAAUCUUUCAGCUCCACAUGGAAAGGCCAGACUUUGCAAAUCUUAGAUGAGGGAGACUCAGAAAGAGCAGAGUAUUUUUCUGAUGAGCCUUUGCCUAAGCAAGACAAAGACAUGGACUCUUUACCUUCCUCUUUCACAGACAGCUACAGAGUCUCUGUUACGGAUAUAUUUCAGUACCUUUUUGGUGGAAAGCAAUCAGUUCCCAGCCAAUCAGCUGCAGAUAACAUAAACACCAUCCACGCUGAUGGAAGUUCUGUUCCUGAGACAUAUGAUGAUUUUUUCUCAGAGUUUGAUACAGAAACCUUCUUCUGCCCUCUCAUCACAGCAGAAGAUCAGGUCAAAGACGAGCUGGUUCCCAUCUUUUCCUACUCUCGCUCAGCUAAUAGAAACCUACAGUUCCCUGAGGCUUAUGACUACUUCUUUGCAUCCUCAUCUUCUGAUGAUUCUUCUGCUGAAUCUGAUGAGGAAGAUAACCACAGUCCUGUGAGGGUGGUGACCAGGUUCAGCCGUAAAGCGAGCUCAUCUCAGAUUUGUACUGACGUUUAUGAGAACUUCUUCACAGAUCGCGACCUCAGACAGAAUUUCUUCUGGAAAACGACCCUCUCCUUCAGGAAUAUUAAUUUUACUGGAUCUACAGUCCAGAAGCAGACUCUCUCAAACUCUCUGUCUCAUGUAUCCAUGAGGCAAAGCGGCAGAUCCCUCCGGAGGACAGUUUAUCCCAGCAAUGCUCUGGGAAAUCAAGAUGUGAUGUUCCCUGAUCCACUUCUCUACCACCUGGACGACAGGAUCUCCAGACAACAAGCACAGCAGCCUUUCAGUUAUGAGGACUUACAGAUAGCUGUUUCAAAUCCAAGGCUGGAUGCCUCCUUCCUGCCUCUCAGACAGUCAGAUAUGUGUCUGGUUUGUAUUGCAUUUGCUUCAUGGGUAUUGAAGACUGCAAACCCACAAGUUGGAGACGCCUGGAAGGCUGUUCUGCUGGCGAACGUAAGUGCUCUGUCAGCAAUCCGAUACCUGCGUAAGUACGUCAAGAUGGAGGCGGCAGUAAGCGAGAAGAAAUUGCAUCAUGUCGCCCCAUCUGAGUCUUGAACUCUCUGCCUCUAUGUACGUCACGAUUGAGAUGAUCAGUUUUUCCAUGAACUCCCGAUAUGAGUUGGUCCAGGACCUGGGUCCUUUGAGGAACAUGACAAAUGUUUGAUGUGCUGUCACAUGUUUGCACUACACAUUUGCACUAUAAUUGCUUUAUUAAUCUUAAGUUUCACUGAUCUCUCCAUAGAACAGAAAUGGGUUUCAUAUUAAUAAGAGUUGUGUUGGUCCUGCAAGGCAAGAUGAGACAAGUACUCAUGCUUAUCAGACAGAAGGAUUUAGACAAGGUUCAGACCUUUGUAAAUAAGGUUUCAGCAAGUAAGAUUAUCAGCAAGUUUUCUCAGAACUGUAGCGGGAUGAGAUGUUAGAUGAAUAUAUGAUAAAUGGAUUAACUUGAGGCAUUCAGAGAAUGUAGAAUGGUGCUGUUGGAGCAUGUUUGUUACCAUUACACUACUUUUAUUUAGCAGUGGCUUUUAUCAAAGGCAACUGUGUUGAAUAUUUCCAGUAAGAAUAGUUGGGAAUAUUUUCCAAAAUGAAUGAGAUCACACCUGAUACAGUGUUUUCCAAUUUGACAAUUUAACAAAACACCCUUAAUUGUAAUUGUAUAAUUCAUCUGGGGGACUGUAUUCCGUGCCAGUAUCGAUUAUAUGUUUUAUGGAGGGCAUUUUAUGUUUAUUAUAGAUGACUGUACAGUAUUUUUUCAUAUGGCUGCUCUGUGAGCUGUUGAUGUCUUUCAGUUCAGUUACAGUAAACAGCAUUUAUGAGUUGA